GGGGCGGCAGUGUGGCUAUCGUCUGUGUGCUGCGGGGACCCUACAGGAAUAUUUCGUCCCAUUAUUGGUCUGUCUGGGAAGUGUUCCUUCAGCUCCCGUGGUGUUGUGCUUCAGUUCUCUCUUGUAAGCCGUAGUGCUUCGUAACUGCUCGUCCUGUUCAGACCUCCGCCAUGAGUUUCACGGGAAUGAAUCCGAACCGCCGAUACAGCUUGCUGGAGGUGUCGGGCGGCGCGAGUCGUCUGCGGCCACGAAGCUCCUCCACCAGCGUCGUGACUGUUACCGAGGCGACCCCGGAGCUGAGGACUGUGGGGGACCGGCGCCCCCCGCCCACCCCCGGCUACACGCCCUGCUUCGUCAGUCCCCGCCUCGCCUUCUCCACGCAGUUCAACUACGACUCGCCCAUCCAGAUCCUCACGUGCCGCAGCAAUAACGUGUUGAAGCCGGUGUCGAAGUGGACGUCCCGCUUCUACCUGUGUUCCGGGAAGGGGCUCUUCAUCACCGUCAUGCUUUCACUUUGCUUCAUCGGCUGCAUGUGGAUGGGAGGAAGUGAUUAUUUGCCGCCCUCGACAGGCAAGGAGGUUCCCGUUCCCCCCGGCGCGGCUCAGCAUCUCUGUGACGCCCACGGGACCGGCGCUGACUGUGGCGGCGCCCACCCCGUCACCAGUUCACUUCAGAAGUUCCUGAAGGAUGCAUCGACGCACGAACACACUCUUACCGACCAGCAUCGCACCAAGCAGGAGGAAAGUGAACAAGUUGUAGCCGCGGGUGGCCAGGAGGAGAGGAAUUACAGGCCCAGGGUGCCCACCGUGCAGGGGCAAUAUGAAGACAACGUUCGGGAGCAUCUAGGCGAUGAUCCCUCGUCAACGGUGAACCCGACACAGCGUGGCGAGGAGACUCUGAAUCAUAUGACACUGAGCAGCGAAGACCUGCAGGCGGUUCGAGAAGGUCUUGCUAGAGCAAAGAGAUCUUUGAUAGCCGAAGGAAGGGACCCUAUGCAGUCAAACCAGGACGACAUGCAAAAGUCCAUGAGGGUUGUUGAGGAAGAGGCUAUACUGCCACAAGACUUCGCUAACAGGUCCCCUCAACCACAGUACGAGCCUCGGGGACAACCCUCCCCACACUACGAGGCUGCCAGACCAUCCCAACCCCAGCACGGACUUAGCAGACACCACCAACCAAAUUUCGCAGAGGACUCUCGACCCCACCUACGAAAAGAUUCUACCAGACGUCCCCAGAACUCUCGUUUGGACUUUUCAAACCAGAAUAUGCCAGGUGAAAACCGUCAGAAUCACUUCCGGCAGCCCCAACUACGUCAGGACACACUCGGACAGUCCCAAAGCCUUGCGGAUGGCUCCCAAAGACAUUAUAUGCCCGAUGAAGCUCGCAAGACCAACUUGAGACCACUCCCGUCACAGAACGAAGAUCAUAGACAACCCCAGCUGCAACAGGAUGCAACCGGGCAGACUCACCACUCUCAAGAAGACCGCCAGAGAGAACAGAUGACAGAGGAAGUCCACCAGAGCCACUUCAGGCAGGUCCCGCCACAGCACGAAGUCCAUAAACAACCCCAACUACAACAGAACAUAAACGAGCAACUUCACAGCUCUCAAGAAGACAGCCAGAGAGAACAGAUGACCGAGGAAGUCCACCAGGGCCACUUCAGGCAGGUCCCGACACAACACGAAGUCCAUAAACAACCCCAACUACAACAGAACAUAAACGAGCAACUUUACAGCUCUCAAGAAGACAGCCAGAGAGAACAGGUGUCUGAGGAAGCCCGCCAGAGCCACUUCAGACAGGUCCCGACACAACACGAAGCUCUUGGACAACCCCAGCCACAAGAAGACACUAGCGAGCAGCCCCACCGCACUCCUGAGGACCUCCAGAGACAAGACAGCCCCGAAGACGAGCGCCAGCGCCAACAACAGGCUCUCGACCAACUCUACAUCCAGCACAUGAACCUGGAACGCAACAACUACCACCGCGAGAAGCAGAUCGUGGGGAAGGAGAUCAGCGAUAGAGAACUGUUGAGGCACCGCGAGCAGGAACGUCUUUGGGAGGAACAAAGGCGACAGACGCACAACAAAUCGCCCCAGGGGCAACCCAGAACGCCCCCGCAGCAGAGAACGCCAGGCAGUGGUUUGAAGCAGCGGGAGUCGGGACGUCCUCACCAAGAGGAAACUCGUCACAGGGAAGAGUUUAUUCCUUACGAUGAGCGGCACCCUGCGUGGAGGGACCAGAGGCUCCCGCGCGGCGUUAACCCCAAGAGGUACUACAUCCAUAAUGACCUCUAGGAAAACCUGCCUCUAGGCGCGCUAGGCCAAUGUGCGCUUCUCAGUGUGGCGUUCGUCCUCUAGCAAGUCCAUUACUGAGCCAUUGUACGUCUUGUAGGGAUUUUAACUAACUGUGAUUUCUCAAGCCGUUUUUACACGCUCUUAGCCACUAUGCGCUUCCCAGUGUCGUGUAUUUUAACUAAAAAGUGAUUUCUUUAGCUGGUUUCACAUUCACUGGGUUGCUGCGAGUUUCAAUGUGGUCUUUUAACUUUUAGUGUGAUCUAGUCCAAUACUCGACUAUUUUAUUUUUGUUUCGCUUAAGGCGUAUUGUUACUCUAUCUGUACUACUUAUCUAAUGAGAUUGGUUAUUUUAAACUGAUCUCUGUAAUAUUUUAAUUAACCUGCGAAUAUUGUGGUAAUACUAUAAGUGUAGUAAUACUAUAAGUGUAAAGCUAAAUAAACUUAAUUUUUAAA